UUGUCCACUCACUAUCUCUCCUUCUCUUCUGUUGUUCUCCACUUCUCCAGAGAGAGAAACAAAAAGCAACAGAGAACUUGAGAGAGAAACUGUAUAUGUAAAUAUAAUAUCUACAAACACACAGAAAUAAACAUUAGAGAGAGAGAGAGAUGGUGGAUGAUUUUGUGGUGUGUGUAGAUAGAUUACUCAUAGCAUCAGCUUGCUUUGAGUCAGUCAACAAUGGAGGAGAAACUGAAAGGCACAAUCUUGAAUCUUCAAAUGAGAGUGCCAUUUGUUUUAAAAAUAGUAAUGGAGGAGGAGGGGGAGAAGGUUGUUCUUCUUCUUCUCCUUUAAUAAAGAAAGUGAAAGAAAUGGUGGAAUGCAGGAUUUGUCAAGAAGAAGAUGAUGUUCAUUCAAUGGAAGCUCCUUGUGCUUGCAAUGGCACCCUCAAGUUUGCUCAUAGGAAGUGCAUACAGAGAUGGUGCAACAAGAAAGGUGAUAUCACCUGUGAAAUCUGCAACCAGGUCUUCUCCCCAAAUUAUUCUGUUCCACCAGCCCGCAGUAGUCCUGACGUUAUGGCAAUUGAAAUCAGGCAAGCAUGGGGCCAACACAUUGAUCUGCGUGAUUCUCAUCUGCUAGCUCUAGCAGCUGCUGAGCGUCAGUUACUCCAAGCAGAGUACGAGGAAUAUGCUGUUGCUAAUACCAGCACCAUUGCUUGUCUUCGUUCUGUUGCUCUAAUUUUGUUGGUACUUUUGCUUCUAUCUCAAGCUUUACUGGCUACAAGAGAUGCCGGAAUGGUACAAGAGUCGUCACUCUAUAAUCUUCAGGUUUCUCUUCGAUUUGCCGGCUUGCUUCUGCCAUGCUAUGUGAUGGCCCGAUCAUGGUACAUUUUGCAAAGCCGAAGGAGACAGGGUUAAAUGGGAACACUGAUGAUGCCAUCCUCAACUACUCUGUCAGAAACCUGGAGAUUUGGUAUUUCUUUUUGUUUUUGCUUCUGACCAGGCAAGUUGUAUUGCCUAUGGUAGCAGUCCUUGUAUUUAAGUUCAAAGGAUGCUGAAAUUAGCUACAAAAUUAGUGCGGAAAAUGAUUUGAGCACAAGGGUUUUCCUGAAUCCACCUGAGAACUCAAAAGAAAAUGUACAUGUGAAAAUGUUGAGUUCUUCAGGUGUACCUUUUAUUUUGUUUGCUUAUGUAUACCUGUGCCAGAUGCAAUUGAUGUUGUCGAGCUUUUGCAUAGAAAUAUGACGAUGGUGGCUUUGCUAGUCUUCCAAUCUAUUGUUGCAAAUUUCUGUGUUCAA